AUGGGCUUCUCGCUUCGUCGCAAAAAUGGCGAAAGCCACGCUCAGUCCAGUGAGACCGAGGUACACGUCGUCUCUUCGGGCACCGACAAUCACGCUCUCGAACAGGCCGACUUGCACAUUAGACGUCUGAAGGAUCAACAUCGAUUUGACCCCUUCUUACAGGAGGAAAAGAUUGAUGCCAUUGACGCGGCCAUUGAGAGCGGAAAUGCUGAAAAGGAGACUGCCGUUGAGGCUUCACUUAUUGGCGAAAACUCGCCAUAUGCCGAAGUGCGCGCUGCUGUGCCCAACACCGACGACCCAGAUUUGCCAGUUGAUACUAUUCGCGCUUGGACAAUUGGAUUCAUCACGUGCACAGUCGUUGCUGCCAUGAACUUGCUCAUGGGCCAGCAUUACACUGGUCUAGUUAUUCAAAGUUCCGUCGUCCAGUUGAUCUCUUACCCCAUGGGCAAGGGUUGGGCUGCCAUUAUGCCCGACGUCAGGAUUUUUGGCGUUGCUCUCAAUCCUGGCCCCUUUAACAAGAAGGAGCACACCAUUAUUACCAUGAUGACUGCUGCCGGCGCUGCCAUGAGUUAUGCCUUUGACAUCCUGCUUGCUCAACAGGAGUUUUAUGGCCAAGCCUGGGGCUGGGGCUUCCAGAUCUUGCUCACCAUUUCGACUCAAGCUUUGGGUUUUGGUAUGGCUGGCAUGCUGCGUCGAUUCCUUGUCUGGCCCGCGGCCAUGGUGUGGCCCGCAACGCUCAUCACCACCACCGUCAUGGACAGUUUGCAUGACCACCGGCCGACCGAUCCCAGCAAGGCAAAUGGUUGGACCAUUGGUCGUUACAGAUUCUUCCUGAUUGUAGCCAUAAGCGCCUUCUCUUGGCAUUGGGUCCCGUUUGUUAUUGCUCCCUUUCUAUCAUAUUUGGGCAAUUUCCCUACAUGGGCCGCGCCAGACAAUGUUGCAGUCAACCAGGUGUUUGGAGGUGUCCAUGGACUUGGAAUCAUUCCACUAUCGUUGGACUGGACGAUCCCGACUGGCUGGUUCUACAGUCCUCUUCAGUACCCGUCUUUCGCCUUGAUCAACAUGGGUGUCGGAGGACUGCUAUUCUUGCUGGGUAUCGUCGGCAUCGGCUUUGCGUCUCAGGACUUUAUGAAGUACCUACCUCUCCUAUCAAACACCAACUACGAUCAUUUCGGAGUCAAGUACAACACCACGCGUGUGCUCUCUGCCGACCUUACCCUUGACGUGGAAGCAUACAAGGACUACUCACCACUGUUUGUUGGACCAGCCUUUUCACUUGCCUAUGGUAUGGGCUUUGCCACUUUGAUCUCAACUUUGACUCAUGUCGCCCUCUUUUAUGGCAAGGACAUUUGGCGCCGAGCUAGAAACGCUCGGUAUGAGGAGCCUGACAUUCAUCUCAAGUUGAUCCGUAGAUACAAGGAAGCUCCCGAGUGGUGGUUCUUUGCCGUCUUUGUCAUUAGCUUUAUCUUUGGCAUGGUGGCUGCUGUAUGUUGGGACACCCACUUGCCAUGGUGGGCUUACAUUGUCACCAUUAUCAUUGGCGCAUUCUUUGUUCUCCCUGUUGGUAUUAUUCAAGCCGUCACUAAUUCACAGACUGGCUUGAACGUCAUUACUGAGAUGAUUGUUGGUUACAUGCUGCCCGGAAGACCCGUCGCCAUGAUGCUCUUCAAGAGUUUUGGCUACAUGUUUGCAUACAACUGUCUGCAGUACGAGUCUGACAUGAAGGUCGGCCACUACAUGAAGGUCCCUCCACGGUCCAUGUUUCGUGCUCAGCUGUUUGCUGUGAUUUGGCUUUCCAUUGUUCAGGUUUCCACUUUCAACUGGAUGCUCGGCACUCUACCCGGUGUCUGUACCGAGGAUCAGCCCCAAGGAUUCACAUGUGCCGGCGCCCGGACUUUCUUCAACGCAUCCGUUAUCUGGGGCUUGAUUGGCCCCAAGCGCAUGUUUGGUGCCGGUGCCAUCUACUCUUGGACCAACUGGUUCUGGCUGAUUGGAUUCAUCCUCCCCGUCAUUCAAUUCUUUGUCGCUCGAAGAUACCCCAAGAGCAUUGCUCGAUACAUCUUCUUCCCGGCACUCUUUGGUGUUAGUGGCAUGAUUCCUCCUGCUACCAUCUUCCAGCUCCUCUGCUGGCUGACCAUUGGUUUGACUUUUAAUGUCAUUGUGAAGCGCAAGUUCUUUGGCUGGUGGGGUCGGUACACCUAUGUGCUUUCAGGAGCCAUGGACAUUGGCACGGCAUGUUGUCUGGUUUUGUUCGCAGUAGGAAUUGGUAUCUCCGAGGCUUCAUUCCCUGACUGGUGGGGUACUGUUGGAUUCACCAACAGUCUUGACCAGCAAGGCUUGACCAUGUCUAAACAACUCCCGGAUGGUGAGUGGUUUGGUCCAGCAACUUGGUCAUAG